AUGAAGAUCUUCCUCUUCCAGCACCCAGAUCCUCUUGCAAUCCAAUCCUCUAUUCCGCCUACUGCACCGCCUUCACCAGCACCACCCGUUCAACCCACUCGCCGGUCUGAACGUCACAAGGUUCCGAAUGUGCGCCUCCAAGACUAUGUUUGCUCUCAGGUCACGCUACCCAAAGAUGCCCAAUCGGAGUCUUCGUCUUCACAUCGCACCUCAGGUACUCGUUAUCCCUUGAGCAACUUUAUUUCUUAUCACCGAUAUACACCAGCAAAUCUUGCUUUCAUUACUCACCUCAGUCACAGUGUGGAGCCACGUUCCUUCUCUGAGGCCAAUUCUGAUCCUAACUGGCAACAAGCCAUGAGCUCUGAACUUCAAGCUUUAGAGUCCAAUCAUACAUGGACUCUUACUCCUCUUCCUCCUGGUAAGCACCCUAUUGGUUGUCGGUGGGUCUACAAGAUCAAACAUAACUCUGAUGGCUCUAUUGAACAGUACAAAGCUCAGUUAGUCGCCAAGGGUUAUACACACACAAAAGGUGUUGAUUUUCAUGAUACUUUUUCUCCUAUAGCCAAGUUGGUUACUAUUCGCAGCCUUCUUGCACUUGUCGCUGCUUCCUCUUGGCCCCUUCAUCAACUCGAUGUCCAUAAUGUCUUCCUUCAUGGGAAUAUCCAUGAAGAAAUUUAUAUGACACCACCGCCUGGUCUUCAGCGACAGGGGGAGAAUUUGGUAUGUCGCCUCCACAAGUCUUUAUAUGGCCUAAAGCAAGCUUCUCGUUUGUGGUUUGCAAAAUUUUCUGAAGCUAUUCAAGCUGCUGGUUUUACUCAGUCCAAAGCAGACUAUUCCUUAUUCACGUGCAAAAGAGGAAAGUCAUUCAUUGCUCUCUUGAUUUAUGUUGACGAUAUAUUGAUCACAGGAAAUAACUUGGGUGCCAUUAAUUCUCUUAAACGUUUUCUUCAUACCCGCUUCCGCAUUAAGGAUCUCGGUGACCUUAAAUUCUUUUUGGGUAUUGAAGUUUCACGUUCAAAGAAAGGCAUUAGCAUCUCUCAGAGGAAAUACACUAUUGACAUCCCUAAAGAUAGUGGUUUUCUUGGGGUACGACCUGUCUUAUUUCCCAGGGAACAAAAUUUGAAAUUAUCUAACACAUGUGAAUUGCUUAAAGAUCCAGCCAAGUACAGAAGAUUUAUGCAUGAGCCACGUAAACCUCAUAUGGAGGUGGCGUUGCGCAUUUUGAAGUACCUCAAAAACACUCCAGGACAAGGUUUAUUUUUUCCAGCUCAAAAUGACUUGAGAUUGCGAGCUUAUUGUGAUUCUAACUGGGGAGGUUGUCCAACCACCAGAAGAUCUACCACUGGAUAUUGUGUUUUUCUUGGAAACUCCUUGAUUUCUUGGAGAUCAAAGAGACAAAAAACUGUUUCACUUUCUUCAGCAGAAGCAGAAUACAGAGUUAUGACUGGUACUUGUUGUGAACUGACCUGGUUGCGUAGUUUGUUACGAGAUCUUCAGUUGCCACAUCGGAAGGCAACGAUACUUCAUUGCGACAACCAAGCUGCGUUACAUAUAGCAACAAAUCAUGUUUUCCAUGAGCGAACACGACACAUUGAAAUGGAUUGUCAUUUUAUCAGAGAUAAAAUCCAACAUGGUUCUGUAACUACAAAGCAUGUUUCUUCUUCCCAACAAAUAGCAGACAUCUUCACCAAAGCAUUGGGCAAAGAUGAUUUCGCUCGUAUGUCACGCAAGUUGGGAGUUCUUGACAUCCACUCUCCAACUUGA